AGAUUGGGGUAUGUUUUGUUGUCUGAGUCAUCAUGGCUACGCGGUGGUUGCUUCUGCAACUGUGGUCGGUAUCCCAGCUCAUAAUUUUCGUACCUUGUUCGCUGUGAAGUUGCUUGUGGACGCCAUCCUCAUCGCCAAACGAUCCCAUCGAACUGUCGAUCUGAACGGAACGUCUGUCGUUCGGCUACACAGCCUCGAGGCGGUCUUCUCAAUCGCCCACACAAGCUUCGGCAGCAAUAUUCCAACUCGUGGCUUGCACGCCCCACCAAACUUGCCCAGCGUUCUCUAAUUUUCCUACAUUUCAACCGAGUCCUUUGCUACCCCCCUUCAUACACCCGUUUACGCAUUUACUUGCGCCAUCUAUCCCGCCGUCGCUAGUCCGACCUGCCACCCUAUUCGGAUGCUCAGUGUUCUUCGCACCGCCGCACCAGCGCAGCAACCGCUCACAGAACCCUCACCGAAAGCCAAGUUCAAAACUGUACUUGGUCUCGGUGCAAACACGAAGGAAAACGAUACUGCUGCGGUUCAACGUCCUUCGGCUCUAGGUAGAACGCACCCUUCGCUGUCUCGACGCAGUGUCGACACCAUCACAGACUGGCAGGUGAAACAGAAGAAAAGCAAGGCCGAUCGCCCUAGUACACCAGACAUUGCUUUCUUUGAACAAGACGUUGUCACCGUCAGCAAGCCGAACGACGUUCCGGACAACGAGAUGAAGAAUGGUGUCGCUCCCCGAGCAGUUCCUCAGCGUAGACCGUUUAGAGUUGAUGGUCAAGACGGCCAUUGGACUAUCUCGGUUGCGGAAACGCCACAUGAUGCUAGCUCUUACAGUCUCUACGUUAAGAACGUUCUUCGUCUGGAUUGACCUCGCCAUGAACACCAUGAACUCAUGUCAUCCAUUCGAUUUUCUAGCCCCUACACACAAUUUGACUCUCACUCGCACGGCCUUGGAGAUCAUAGAAAUGAAUGGCAAGCUGCGGGACUCUCAUCCAAGCGUCAAGCUCCCUGCCCUUCCCAUCGACGCCUCGAGUGUUCCAACGCCGCCUCCAAAACGCAAAUCCGCGUUUCUCAACACUCUUUCUCGUUUGGCCUCGCCGUCGAGCAAAGCCGCUUCUCGUCAGGCUUCGUCAAGCAAACCUUCGCCGGCAUCGAGCAGCCAGGGGCCAGCGAAUGGUACUGCAUCGUCUGGCACUACUCCCAUCGCAUCGCCAGCUCAAGAGAUCAAUGAUCCUUUUACUUCCUUUCCGGACGGACGACCAAUUGGAAGCUCCGCAGAGCCCGGACUUCCCCCCAGUAACUCGACAAUAACCCGCCUUGCUGCGUAUCUCACUCACAUAGCAAACGACGCUACUUUGCGCCAGAGCCGAACAUGGAAGCGGUUCGUCAGAGUACGUACAGACGACCUGCAAAGUGUUCGAGCGGAGAGGGCCAUUAAGCGUGUUCGUUCCGAUCUCGCUGCUCAUUCGUCAAGUAGUUCACCAGAUGUGCCUCGUUCCAUGGCACAGGUCAUGAAUGAGGACGCGGAGCGGGCAACAGCGGUGAACUCUGAGACAGCACAAGACCAAGAAUUACCAUCUGAGUCUACUGUGGCAUCUUCCGCAAAUUCUAUCAACGGUGAGCGCGCCAGCGUUCUACAGGAUUCACAGGAUGUCAAGGAAGAGGAAGAUUUGGCAACGGAACGCGUCGAAGUCAAUAACGAAGUGGUUCAAAGCCAAGCUCAACCCGCUGAGUCCAAACCUUCGUCCCCGAUCGUACGCAAUGGCCAAGUGGCCAACACUUUGACCAAUGGUGUGGCCGAUCUUGAAGAGGACACAAAUGAACCGUCUACACCUGUUGCAGACGACGCUUCUGUAUUGCACGCAAACCGUAUACCCCGAUCCCAGUCUGCGGAUCCUAUGUCCCGCGGUUCUCGUAUCAUCUACUCCCCAUCUUCGGGGAUGUCUUCACCGCUUCGCGACGGUACCUCAUCCCAGACGUCAGCGACGGGCGAUGACUCAUCGAUCUCUACCACCGGUCGUCGCUCAACCAGGAAGAAACGUAGCAAGUCCACUGAUCCGAAGAAAUCUAAACGGAAAGUUGUGAUCGACGACUUCGAAAUGAUGCGGGUGCUCGGCAAAGGAUGUGCAGGAAAGGUUCUACUCGUCAGGCACAAACCGACACAGGAUGUUUUCGCGUUGAAAGCGAUUACCAAACGGCAUGUGCUCGCGCACCAAGAACUGCAGCACACGUUGACUGAACAAGCUGUCCUGAAGAGAAUGGCGGCAGAGGGUACUGAUCCAUUUGUGGUGAAGUUGUGGUGGAGUUUCCAUGACAAAGAGAACCUCUUCCUGGUAAUGGACUUCCAUCCCGGUGGUGACCUUGCUACUCAACUAGCUCGUUGGGGUCGACUCGGUCGAGAUCGCGCUCGUUUCUAUGCGGCUGAAAUUGUUGAAGGCGUUGAGGGACUUCAUGCCGCCGGCGUCAUCUAUCGAGAUCUCAAACCAGAGAAUAUCUUGAUUGGCGCAGAUGGCCACAUCGUCCUCACUGAUUUCGGUCUAUCAAAAGAGUUCCCGCGAAGAACUGCUGCUUUCACUGCUCCGCCGACACCAUCUGGUUCAGGUCAUCGAAGUGAUUACCUGGAUGGUUCACCAGUUGCAGCUUCUGCUCCCUGGAUGAGGGAGGGUUGGACAGGUGCAAAUGAUAUGACCAGUACCUUCUGCGGCACUGCCGAGUACCUAGCGCCAGAGGUCAUCCAAGGUCUGCCUUACAGCUACGAAGUUGACUGGUGGAGUUUCGGCACCAUGCUCUAUGAGAUGCUCACCGGAAUUACACCAUUCUGGGCGAACAACCAUUCCGACAUGUACUACCGUGUACUACAGGAUGAGUUGCAGUUCCCAGAGGACAGGACCAUGGACCAGGAUACUAAGAGUCUCAUUCGAGGACUUCUGCAACGUAACCCUGCGCUCAGAAUGAAAGAACCGCGGAUCAAGAAACACCCUUACUUCUCUAUGAUAGACUGGUCUCAUGUAUACUAUAAACGCUACAUACCCCCAUAUAUCCCACCAAUCGAUCCAUCUAACGCAAGCGAUACCCAGAAUUUCGACGAUACCUUCCUUGAUAUGGAACCCGUAAUCAAGGAUGAACACGAAAAUGAUCAAACUGAUACAGAUGGAGAUCGUCAAACGGAUGCGGAACGUACCGAUGGAGAGGACUCAGUGGCUACCCCGUCACAGUCUCGCAGUCCAUCUGUCCACCCUAUUCAGGAUGACAGUGUCGAUGUCUUUGAUGGGUACUCAUUCAAGGGCCGACAUUCAAUUAUUUUGGAUGGUGACGAUGAGGAUGGCGAAGCGGACGAUUCUGAACGUGAGGAGGACGAGGAAGCAUCACUAGCUGCUCCCAGUCUAGACAAUCUAUUGCCACAAGAGCCAGUCACGGAAGACGAAAUUCCCCCCGUCUCUGAUAUCACCACGGUUGAGGAGGUCCCUGAACCGAAGACACCUGAGGCCCGACCGACUGUCCUUCCUGAUACAGACGAAUUGAGUGUCCCAGAAGUCACAACCCCUGUUGACCACAGGCCUCAAGUCGUCGAACCCCAAGCUGUUGAGGAAGUCACAACCACCACUGCUGAGCCAUCCUCACCUGUGGUUGAGGCUACACCCGCCACCGAGGCACCUGCGGAAAUACAGAUCGCUCCCGCUGAGCCCAAGCCGCAUGUUGAGUCGGUUAAAGUUGCUAUUCCUCGUCCUCCACCUCGACACCCACGCAGCCGAAGAGAGAAAUCUGGCAUUCCUGCGUUGGACCGCAACCUCUCGGAUGCCAUUGAUGAAGAUGGCGUCAUCACCGAGCGAGAGGAAGAGGAUGAUUGGGACUUUGUGGAAGCUGGUGUCGACGAGGAGCGAAAUGGUGCGAAGGGAACAAGUUUGUUUGCCCGAGGGGUUGUGGAUCGAUAUCGUCUUGCUGUGUUCCGCAAGAGCACGCCUCGACGAUCGGGAGGACGCAACGUUUCUGGGAUAUCAGGUUUAUCUCUAGAUUCAGAAUACACGGAGCCGUCAGAUUCUCCGACGCCUUCAGACAAACGUAGAGGGAGGACGCCAGGACUCACGUUCCGCAGACACCCGAAACAAUUCCUGCGACCAAAGUCUCCGCCUCCGUCGUCACGUUCAAAAUCGCUUAUGCACUCGACGUCGGCGACGUUGACGACCUCCACGUCCUCGAGCGCAGGUGUCCUUACGCCGUCACAAUCUGGUACGACGUCCGACAUGUCGCCAUCACUCAAGUCGAAGGAGUCGGCGAUCUCUAUGGGUACUCCCAGUGAAUCGUCAGAUGCCUCAGUGAACGGAGACCUUAGAAACGGUGGAGAUACGAUCAAGGCGACGCCUGUGAUACCAGAAGAAGAGAAGCAGAAGAGUAAAGGAUUGAAGAAGUACAAGGAGGGCGCUGAGAAGGUUCUUUCAAUCUUCCAGUCACCCCGCUGAUACCACCCCCACCGGAUGGGAUAUUCACUUAUUUUGUUGUCUCGUUGAAUGCAUCGCACAAUCUCAUCAUUUACAGUGACCAUUGACUUCUGGUUUUCGCUCUCAUUCGUUAAUUCACUCAUGCAAUAUAUGGCUAGAACAGGACUUAUCGAUCGUUAUUCUAUCGACUCACUCUCCUUGCUCGGAUUAUUUGCUUUCUUGGUAUCCAGUGUUUUUCUAACAGUUAAUCGUCAUCUACAAAUAGCAACAAGUCGUCAUUCUAUAGAUUGCUCUUUAAUGGGUUGGUACUCG